UACAAUGAGGCGAGUGGAAAAGGAGGGAAAUCGCAAAAAAAAAUCAUUAUACAUGGUAAUUCUCUCAAGUAUUAAGACUUUUUCGCUUUAUAGAUAUGUUGGGGAUUUGAUUGUUUCUCACUUGUGUUGUAGCCUGCAGCUCUUUCUUUGCCCUUUUGCAACUUACUCUGAAAACUCCCAGAGGCUUCAGUUGGAGAAGUUUUAAACUCUCUUUUACUCUCUCUUUUAUUCUCUCUCUCGCACACUCACUCCUCUCCGCUCAAACCAACAGUCAGACGGGAGCACACACACAGCCACACAUGCACAGGAUGCAAACAGAGUGCAGCCCAGGACCAAGAUAGACAACCGAGAGAGAGAGAGAGAAAUCCUCUUCUCUACCACUGAGUUUAGUGUGAGGAGGUUCAAGCAAUUUAUUCUGACUGAGUGGACUGCAUUUCAUACCAUGGGAGGACAAACUGAAAUAGAAGAAGAAAGCAACAAACACUAUCUGUAAAGGACCACAUUUCAUACUGGAUUAUUGGGCUUUCCUCUCUCAAUCUUUGGCAUGGUGAUGUCCUAGAUUACCAGCACGUAUUGAAGAGGCUGCUUGUUCUGGAUCACAGUGGACUUUGAGGGUCUUUCUCUGAGUGUGAGUGAGUGUGUGUGUGUGUGAGCGGGAUCAUGUCAAAAGGACAUUUCACUCGCCUGUUGAGGGGACUCUGGGUACUGUGGCUGUGGCAAGCUGAUCUUGUGUCGAGUAGUAAGCUCUGGGAGGUACCCAUAGCCCUCUUUGGAUCUUUUUCCAACCACACGACUAGCCUGGAAUGGGAGCCACAGUGUCAGUAUCCCCACCUGCAGGAUGGCAUCAGAAUCACAGCCGACAUUCCCCCAAGACUGGAGGGCAGCUGGGUGUCAACAAGAUGUGAAGUUCGGCCUGGCCCUGAGUUCCUGACCCGUUCCUACACCUUCUACCCAAGCCACCUGUUCAAAGCCCUGCAACACUACUACACUGACAGUGGGUGCGAGGAGCCCGCAUACUCUCUGGUGGUCCGGGGCAAGCUCCGUCUGCGCCAGGCUUCCUGGAUCACCCGGGGUGCCACCAAGACGGAGCACCACCUCCACAAAGUGGGCAUUGUCAUCCACAGCCCAGGCGCAAUGCACCAGCUGGCAGCCCGUCUACCCUCCGUGUGUGUGGGCCUCACCUUGGGUGGCAUGGUGCCCGGGCGCCUAUACGAGCUGUACAAUGCCCGGGCAGGGAGGGACUGUCUGGGUGCCUCGGGGUACUCGAUGAUGGAGUUGGGCUUGGUGAGAGUGGAGACCCAGCAUCAGCCCCAUGGAGGUCUGGUUCAGGAGCUCUUCCUUGGGGACGUGCACACAGACUGGACCCAGAGGACAUACUAUCGACCAAUGGGCUACCAACAGCCACUGCAGAAUGCUAUGCACCACAUCCACCCCUGCCCAGCGUGUGCCUUGCUGUUCCGGGCCUCAGAACAGCGCCCCCCCGUGUUACCCCAUAUCCCUGCAGCAACGCCUCUGUCCUUGGACGGCCGAUGGGUGAGCCAACGUUGUGAAGCCCGGCCCGCCGUCCUCUUCCUCACCCGAGAUUUCACCUUCCGCCCAGAUGAGCAUUCCUGGGAAGGCCUCUACCGCCACUACUCGGAACCCACUUGCAGCCAGCCCACCUUCACCCUGCGGGCUUCAGGCCACUACGCCCAGGGAGGCCCCUCAGCCAAAGUGGCGGGAGGGACUGAGUUCGUCUUCAAGGUAACCCGGGCCAGAGUCACCGUUCUGGAAGGCGCCACGGCCAGGGUGCUCAACGAGACUAGGCGGGGCAGCUGCGGGAAGGCGGGGGGGUGGGAGGUGGGAGUGGAGCAGGACGUGACCCCCACGGAUGGGUGUACCGUCCUGGGGAUCAAGCUGCCACACAAGGAGUAUGAGCUGUUCAAGACGGAGCUGGACCAUCGACGGCGCACUCUGCUGUUCAUCGGGGAGAGGCCGACGGAUGGCUCCAGCCCUGACCGGCCCCAGAAGAGGCCCACGUCUUACCAGGCCGCCCUGGUGCAUUGUUGCGAGGAAGACACCCCCACGUCGCAACGCCACACCAACCAGCUCAAGCUAGCAGCUAGUGGAACCAAUAACCUACCACGGCUCCCUUUCUUUGUCCUAGUACUGGUCUCUUUACUGUGGGGUUGGUACUGUGUGUUCUAGAGACAAACUGAACAUUGGAGAAGAACACACAAUGGCCAAAGCCAUCUUCAAGAAAACUGUACAUAGACAGUCAGUGUAUCCAUGUUGCAUAUCUAUCAUAUUAUAUGUGUCUCAUUUUGUUUUCUUUUAAACCGGAGAUGCCUUUUGGCAAAUGUUUAAGCCACAUAAGCGUUCCUUUUCUAAAGAGUGGCAGAUUCAGACUUAGGAAAGGCGUGCGUUUCCUAUGUACUUCUCAGUAUUUGGUAUUCAUACUUACCUUAUUCUGUCACGUAACGCUCUCUGCAGGUGUGGCUACCUUCCGCGCUCCCAAUAAAUGUAAUUAAUCCAAUGAAAACCCUCCCCACUUGCUGGCCAACAGAUUUUCUCAUGGAAUUUUCAUUCAAUAGGUUUUUCACAUAGAGAAUUAUAGAGGCUUCUAGCUGCCAAAAGGCCAUAUAAACAUGGGCAGCACCAUUGAGGGCUUCCACCAUUUUAAUGUAGUCAACUUGGUGGGACUUCCAACUUCAUUGGCUGAUCCCUCCUGGUGACCCUGUUAGAGUUAUGUCCAACCAGGUCAUCAGGAGGGAUCAGCCAAUCAUAAAGAAGAAAAUAGACUACUUCAAAACGGAGAUAACCUCAAUGGAGCCGCCCAUGCUCAAAUCAAAUCAAAUUUUAUUUGUCACAUACACAUGCUUAGCAGAUGUUAAUGCGAGUGUAGCGAAAUGCUUGUAAAACAUGCUAUCACAGACGCUAUGAUGGCACAGAUAAAAAUAUGAGUUCUCUAUCUAUCUCUAUGGGUUUUCAGUACAUUUAUGUUAAGUAUUUCCCAGGGUUGGAGAGUAAUGGAUUACAUGGGGAUUAAAAAAAAAACGAUAACUGUAAUCCAUUACGUUACCAUCAAAAAAAUAUUGUAAUCAGAUUACAGAUACUUUUGAAAAACUAGAUGAUUACUUCGAGGAUUACUUUUAAAUUCAGAAAGGAUGUUUUCGGAAAAAUCUGUUCGCUCAAUGACAUUCAAAU